UUGCCUUCCUCAGAUCAAUGCCCUGGCCACUCACUUUCUGAUGUUGCACGACGGGAAAUGCUUUGAAUACUUGCGACAUGGCUGCGCGCAUUGAUUGCCAAGAUUGACAGCAUCUUCAGCUCCUGUAGUCUUCUCUUGUCUAAAGUGAGUGCGCGAGGGGAGGGAGAUAAAGAGCAGAUAGCCGAACAACAAAUGGUUCUUGUAGUUUUUGGGGUUUUUUUGUUUUCUUUGGACAAGUGAACUUCACAGACUCUCUCGGAUCCCCCCUCAACCCCCCACACCACCACCGCCAGCAGCACUUUUCCUGCAUGUGGCCCCGUGUGCGCAGAGUCAAGUUUUCGCUCAACAGAUAGCAGCUCAGUGAUCCUUUGUAAACUGUAGCCGAGUGUAGCGAUCACAGCCCAAGAAGGACGCGGACUUUUCUCGUCCACAGCUCUCAUCGUCAAGGUUUUUUUCCAUGAGUUCAAAGUCAACCAACAAGUGAUCACUGGAAGCUGGGGAUUGAGUCUUUCAGUUUUUAACCCCACUCGCUGACAUGGAGGGCUUUCUUCGUAGCAGCUUUUUACUGAGCAGAGUCAUGUCUUCUAAGCAAGCCACAUCACCUUUUGCGUCUGUGGUUGACGGUGACGAUGCUAUGAGUCAGGAGCACUUGUCUUGGGAGAAAGACGGAAGCGCAGAGGCCCACGGCACACCUCAGCUGCCCCUGCACAGUUUGCUCCACGGCAAAGCCCCCGAUGAAAUGCAGCCGCUCAGCAGCGUGCCACCGGAGAGCGACUGGGACAGCCUGGUGUCAGCACAGCAGCGCAUGGAACCUGACAGCAAUAAAGUAUGUUCCCUGUACUCCUUCCGGAACAAUUCCACUUCUCCACACAAACCUGAGGAGGGGGCCCGGGAGCGGAGUGACAUGCUGAGCGGAUCAGCAUUCGGGACUCCGGAGCGCCGCAAAGGAAGCCUGGCAGACGUUGUGGACUCGCUGAAGCAAAAGAAGCUGGAGGAGAUGACAAAGACAGAGCAAGAUGAAUCUUCAUGCAUGGAGAAACUUCUUUCUAAAGACUGGAAAGAGAAGAUGGACAGGCUCAAUACCAGCGAGUUACUGGCAGAAGUUAAAGGUACCCCAGAGGGUCUGGCAGAAAAGGAGCACCAGCUCUCCACAAUGAUAACCCAGUUGAUAAGUCUGCGAGAGCAGCUCCUGGCUGCCCACGAUGAGCAGAAGAAACUCGCUGCUUCACAGAUGGAGAAACAGAGGCAGCAAAUGGAGUUGGCUCGACAGCAGCAGGAGCAGAUUGCACGACAACAACAGCAGCUUCUGCAACAGCAGCACAAAAUCAACCUCCUUCAGCAGCAGAUCCAGCAGGUCCAGGGUCACAUGCCUCCGCUCAUGAUCCCCAUCUUUCCACACGACCAACGCACUCUAGCUGCAGCAGCUGCUGCCCAGCAAGGCUUUCUCUUCCCUCCUGGAAUGUCUUACAAGCCAGGUGAUAACUACCCAGUGCAGUUCAUUCCAUCCACAAUGGCAGCUGCAGCAGCGUCAGGACUCAGCCCCCUCCAGCUCCAGCAACUGUACGCAGCCCAGCUUGCCAGCAUGCAGGUGUCUCCUGGAGCCAAGAUGCCUCCUCUACCACAACCUCUCAACACUAGUGGGCCCAUCUCUCCAUCAUCUCUGAAGAAUGACAAAAGUUCUUCAAGCCCCAUCACUCAAGUAAAGGAGGAGGGAACACAGCCCCUCAACCUGUCUGCUCGGCCAAAGACGACAGAAAUGAUCAAAUCUCCGACAUCCCCAACAUCAAACCUGUUCCCAGGCAGUAAAAGCAGCCCUAACAGUCUGAUUGGCAAAGGUGGGAUCCCCAGCCCUCUUGGAGGAGGCCUCGGCCGGGACAUCCUGUCCACUCUAAACUCCACCGCAUUGUUCGGGGACCAGGACACAGUGAUGAAGGCGAUCCAGGAGGCUCGGAAGAUGAGGGAGCAGAUCCAGAGGGAGCAGCUGCAACAUCACCAGCAGGGCAUAGAUGCAAAGCUGUCUGCCCUCAGCUCAGUGGGUCUCAACCACUGCAGAGUUGAUAAGGAGAGGGUGCAUUUCGACAGCAUCGGACACCACCUUGGCAAACUGGGAGAGGAAGGAAAAAUCGGCCACAGAGUGAUUGACCUCACCAGGCCUGAGGAUUUGGACGGAGGUGCUGGAUCUGCCGAGGCGCGGGUCUUCAGGGAGUCCCGAGGACGGAACAACAACGAGCCCCACAUUAAAAGGCCGAUGAAUGCAUUCAUGGUGUGGGCCAAAGAUGAGCGGCGCAAGAUCCUCCAGGCGUUCCCGGAUAUGCACAACUCCAACAUAAGCAAGAUUUUGGGUUCUCGGUGGAAGUCUAUGUCUAACCAGGACAAGCAGCCAUACUACGAAGAACAAGCCCGUCUGAGUAAGCUUCACCUAGAGAAGUAUCCGAACUACAAGUACAAGCCACGACCUAAGAGGACCUGUAUUAUAGACGGCAAAAAGCUUCGUAUUGGAGAGUACAAGCAGAUGAUGCGCUCACGGCGACAAGAGAUGAGACAGUUCUUCACUGUAGGCCAACCACCUCAGAUUCCCAUCACCACCAGCGCCAGUAUGGUCUACCCAGGAGGCCUCAGCAUGGCAAACACCACACCCUCGCCUCAGAUGACGUCAGAGUGCUCCAGCGCCUCGGUCAGCCCUGAGCCGUCCAUUCCUGUCAUUCAGAGUACUUACAACAUGAAGCUGGAGCCCAGUGCCAUGGUGAACAACAGCGAGCCGGUCAAUGGCGAGGACGAGAUGGACAUGUACGAAGACUUCGAGGACGAGCCCAAAUCAGACUAUAGCAGUGAGAAUGACACACAGGAGCCGGUCAGCGCCAACUGAGACGCAUUUGACUGAUGCAGAGACAGCAUUCACACAGGAGGAGGCCCAAAGGGCUGUACUGAUGUGAGGGAGGGAAGGAGCAAAAAGAACAACAAAAACUUUUACCACAUGGGUUGGAGAAACAUUUUAAAAGAAAAAAAUAAUAUGUAUCAUGUAGAAGCCUGCAUGCAGCUACGGCUUCAACAGUCGAAAGCUAUUUGGUCUUAAUUAUUUCUUCAAGUUUGUGAAACAGUUUGUUUUGUGGUAAUUUAUCUUUUUUUUUUUUUUUCAUUGUUUGUUUUUUCAUUAAAGAUCAUGGACGGUUACACAGUUAGUUUGUUGCCUAAAGCGAAAGACAGAACUUGAAGCUAAACAUUUGGUAUGAACCUAUAAUACUUAAAGUCACAUUGUUUUCAUUUAUUAUUAUAUGAUUUUGUUACGUCACCUAACUGUUCAAGAUGGGAAAUAUUCUCACUCAGGUAUAGUGUGCCAGCCAACAGCUUGUGAAUGUUUUUAACAAAGAGAAAAAAUAAUAUCAAAACACAAUACGGAGGGAUUCCAGUUUAGUCACAUUAUUAUUAUUAUUAUUAUUAUUAUUAUUAUUAUUAUUAUUAUUAUUAUUAUUAUUAUUAUUAGUUUUUGAUGCAUAAUUCUGUGUGAAAGUGCCAAACAUUUUAUGUUUUUUGUUUUUUGUUUUUUUCCCCAUGAGAGGUUCUGAAGACAAUCUCUUCAUCUCUUAAUGCGGCUUCAUUGUACAGGCUUUCUUUGCUCUACCAGAAAAGGAAAAAUGAAACUCAGGAACUUGGAGGCAGCAAGUUCUGCAGGAAGUAGCAAGUUACAUCUGUGAGUGGAAGGUGACGGUAGCUAUACUCCACAGAGAUCAAUGCAGUGGGCAUCAGUGUCAUGAGCAACCCCUUUUAUAUCCCUCGUCCCAGUCCAUCCAGAGCAUUGUGGAAUCCUUCACUCAGUUUCAGCUCGUCCACCCUGUCUGAAUCACCAGGAUCUUAAUCAGUGAUUGUAAUCAGGCCAGAAUGCUAAAGGGCCAAAGGCCCCCAAUCUGCAGGAUUGGAACCAAAGUGAAAGGCAGCUUUGGUGGCAUUACAAUCUUAAAUUGAUGUUGUACAAUGUGUGGCUGCAAAGCUACAGUACAUUCUGUUAAACACUUUAGCCCUAUUUGGAUUGCAUGUUUAAAGUCUUGGGUCUUAAAAUGUAAUUUUUUCAGACAUUGUAAAUCUUAAACAGACACUAAGAAGUCUUAAAGCAGGGCGGUCAUCUUGUUGAUGCAGUGGAAUGAUUACUAAAGUCGUAGAGAAAGGAGUGCUAGGAAGUCCCUCAACAAAAAGAACAGCUUGCUCUAAUUGUGUUUGUUUCUCCACUUCCAUGCAUCUCACAAAAUUGACAGUUUCUCGUUUCUUUUUUUAAUGCAACUACAUAAGGCCUCUGCCAGCUGUAAGCUGUGUUGUAGAACUUGUUAUAUUUCUUAAAUGCAACAUGCUCUGAAACACUCAUCGCCAUCUACAACAACUCUUUGAAGAAACUUGUAUGAUAUAAGUUGAAUUGAACUAAAAAAAAAAAACAUUCAUGGAGCCCUCCGCCUGUCGAAGACAUUUAAGGGAAUUGGAGGGGGGUGAUGUUAUGGAGCAGUCUAGAGCAGAAGGUCUAAGUGACUGUCCUCUCUGCCACGUGUGUUUCUGACCCCAGCCUUCGCCAAUCUCAGCACUCAGGGGGGCACCAUCUGGCUCGGAGAAAGGGAAAGCAGCAGGAAGGAGUGGGGAAACAAUAAAACUGGGUGUGUGUCCCUCAUUGUGCUCUCCAUCAAAGUGCUGAAAGCAAGGCCUCAACAGGGCUUCCACCCUGGCCGUAUCACUAGGCACUGGCGAGCAGAUGGAACAAGUACAUCAAGCUGUGGGGGAUUAUUAAAAUGACUGACGAGUGGGUAUCGUCUGAAAUGCAGCAUUAUUAAUGCAUGAGUCCAGUUAUUCCCUCCCUUGCCCUUGAACCUGUCCAUUUCAGUGAGAGGGCAGAGCUUUGUGAAGAAACUGAAUAGAUGGUCGCUGGUUUUAAAUGGUCAAGAUCCCCAACUGCUGGUCACUGCAUUUUUCUCCUGCCUCUAAUUGGUACAGGUGGCUACGCCUAGCUCUUUAGCACUUCUUAUUUGCAUUACAUAAACUUUUGCAAAUAUUCAUAUGAAAUUCAUGUGUUUUUUUUAAUCAAUCUCCAUUUUAUUAUUUUUCUGUUACUUUUUUUAAAAUACAUUUUAUCAUUUUUAAACAUCUAAAAGCAAUCAAUGGAUGCUGUCCUAGAAGUCAAACCUUCUCCCUCCAAGUCAACCAGUUUGGUGUUUUUAAGGUGUUUCCUCCUGUUUGCUGGUGGUUAGACUGAUUUGUAUGUGAUUGUAAAUAAUUUUAUGACCAUGCCAACCUACUUCAGUUGGUUGGCGUUAGGACUCUUCAAGAAAUUGACACUUGACUGUGCUUAUACAGCAAAAACUCUUUAAGAAAAGAAGAAGAAAAAAAGGACAACACAGGCUCACAAAGAGACAAUGUGUUAUAAGCACUGGAUAUAAAUCAUAUUUUUUAGCAAUUCUGAUUAAUGUGAAGUUGUUUGACGAAGAACACCAUGGAUGAACAGGAUUUCCCAGCCUGACUCAAGCGGGUUUGUUGUCACAUUUGCCAGAUUUGGGUCAUUUUUAUGUUCAGUUUUCCGUCUACUUAUUUUGUGUAUUUAUGCAAAGCCACGUGCGAUGAAAGAACGCUUUGUUUAAAUCACAGCCAUUAAAAAGACUCAGCACAAAAAUGUGAGCAGAAGAUUUAGCAGCAGGCUCAGAGAGAGCUGUGAAGCAACAGAUGUCAGUGCAUUGUAUAUUGUGUUUGAUACUAAAGUGUAUCAACAUACUGUAUUUAUUAUUAGCCUCUGCUGGCUCUAAAAUUGACAGUAAACAACAAAACCAAGGACAAUCACAAAAAAUAAUAACAAUUUGAGAUUUAAAAAAAAUCUGUGGAUUCACCAACUUGUUAAGAUUUUAUUGUACAUAUGAGCAAUGAAUAUUUUUUGUUCAUUGGUAAAGGUUAUGUAUUUGGCUGUUUUAUUUCCUCUUUUCCGCUAUUUGUCCCAAGAGCAGACAAAUGGCUGCACCUCAUGUGAAUGCUGAACUUUUCUGCUAAUUGGAAGUUUGGUCCCAAUACAGAGUGAAUUAUAGGUUUUUCUUCUUGACUAUUAAAAGCACGAAUAUAACUUUACCUUAUCAGACUUGUAAGGAAAAAAGGUACUGAGUCAAAUAAGCACUUAAUGUAGAAAAUUUAUUAUACACCCAUUUGUUUCCAAUCAUAAAUGUCUGAUACAAUCUCAUCUUUAUGCUGUAUUUCCUCGCUUAGUUUUUUGUUUUUAUUAUUAUUAUUAGUUUAUUUUAGCGAUUAAUCAUUCAGUUCGGUGUGAAGCUCAGACUAUCUGAAGAUAUCUGCAUGCAUUGGACUUGCAUUGUCAUGAAUAUAACAAAAGGUACACUUUUUUAUUGUUUCAAAAAGCUGUUUUAAAACACAAGAUGUUAUGUUUGAUCCUUUCAAUGGUGGGAAGGCGCAACUAUUUAUUUCUUUUAAUAUUGUAAAAUGCACAGAUAUUAGGUGUAUCGCCAACUUUACAUAUGCUGUCAGUUUUCAACAAAAAUGUCACCGACUACCCAGGAUCUGCAGAAGUAUCCCUCUCAAUUGGUCUCAAUUUUUUCUCCAGUAAUACAACGAAAAUGGUUUGGAGGAACUGAAGACAAAGGAUUCCAUGCUGUUUGAAUAUUACUGUAAUUUGAUUUUUAUCUCUCUUUUUUGUUUGUUUGUUUGUCUAAACUUUGUAAUGUAAAUGGUGGGAAUGUUCUCUGUGUUAAUUUAAUCAGCACAAUUCACUGACAUGCUGGACUGACAUGCUCGCUGCUGUUCAGAAAGUGUAAAAAUGUGCCAUCUGGGGCAACAUUUUAAGCUGCCCUUGGUACUCUGCUCUUAAGAGUUGUCUUUUCAAGCAACACUGUGUGGGGCUCUUCUAUGACUGGAGCCGCUGUUUUGACAAAAUGCUGGCAGCCUGAAACGAUUUUCUGUGCAGAAUCCUUUCGAUUAUUUCCUCUCCUUGCAGGUACCUGUAAGCCCAUGGCAAGUAUUGUUUGGGUGUCAUUAGAGAACAGGAAAUACAUAGUGUCUGUUGCUGCUUUAAAAAAAAAAAAAUAUGUCUGAAUAUGUAAAUAGUUUAUCAUAAUAUCUUGUACAGUCCAAUGUAAAGUUUUUAAUUCAACUUAAAAACAAUGUUGCCAUCACAUUUGUGUUCACAUUCUUCUUUAUACAAAACAGAAGAGGUCAAUUACUUGCAAGGGUGUAUUAUUGCUCGAUGAAAACAAAAAAAAAGAAAAUGUUCAUUUUUUUUAUGUUUUACUUGGCUUCAAAGUGUACACCAGCAUUCUUUGGUUUUCAUGUGGAGUAUUGACGUGAGGUAAACUUAAGGUGAAUAAUUUUACAUUGGUGUGUGUGUGCGUGUGUGUGUGAGUGUGUGUGUAUGGAGAAUUGUGUCCUCAGCUUUGGUUUUAUUAAUACACUAUAAAAAGUAAAAACAAACCAAUGAUUGACACACACCGGCGCAUCUUGGCACCAUGGAGGUGUGUUUACUGUAAAUUAUUAAAUUAUGCCCACAUGAUGACUUCAGACCGAUUAUAAAACAGCAUUUUAAAUAAUGCGUCGGUCCAUUGUACGGAUGCAGCAGUGGGCUGAAGAAACUGCCGGUUUUAGCUUAUUUACCUCAAGAAUUUCCUUGUUUUCUGUAAAGGAGACAAACAUUGUGUUGCAGAAAGGUUCACACAUCACUCCAUCUUUUGUACUGCUGUUGACACUUACCGAUUAAAGAGACAUUUUGUUUUAAAAA